UCGGUGCUAGCUCCGGGGCUGCCGCUAACGGCCACAGCAGACCGAGCCGCCGCCGCCGCUCCUGUCGGUAUGAGACCCGGUGACCGCACCAUGAGCUCCCUCGUCCAGAGAAUAGCCCGGCAGGCUUUGGUCACGUUCCGGAGCCCGGAGCCCGGGAAGUCUUUCGUGGAGAACCACGGCAAACUGAAGAGCCUGAUGACGGAAGUGCGCGCGGCGGACCUGAAGCUGGUCCCGCGCAGAGCAGACGACAGCCCGGCCGGCAGCCCCCCCCCGCACCGGCACCGCGGCGCCCCCCCGGUCACCUACAUGCACAUCUGCGAGACGGACCACUUCAGCAUGGGGGUGUUCCUGCUGAAGAGCGGAGCCUCCAUCCCGCUGCACGACCACCCGGGCAUGCACGGGGUCCUCAAAGUCCUGUACGGAACCGUCCGGAUCAGCUGCUUCGACCGCCCGGACCCUCCGCCCGCCGCGCCGCCCUCGGCCCACCCCGGCGCGCUGCGGCGGUCGGUGCUCCGCUCCACCGGGGAGUACACGGAGGACAGCGGCCCCUGCGUCCUGUCCCCGGACCGGGACAACCUGCACCAGAUCGACGCCGUGGACGGACCCACGGCGUUCAUGGACAUCCUGGCCCCCCCGUACGACCCGGACGACGGCAGGGACUGUCACUACUACCGGGUUCUGACGGAGGCGGAGGCCGAACCGGACCGCACGGAGCGCACGGACCAGGAGGUCUGGCUCAUGGAGAUCUCACAGCCUGCAGAGUUCUGGUGCGGAGGGGAGCCGUACCCGGGCCCGGAGGUCUGCCUCUGACCCGGGCCCGGAGGUCUGCCUCUGACCCGGGGCACGGACCGCAGGUCCACCUGGGGCCGGGCUGGUUUACGCAUGCGCUCAAAGCUGAUGUGUUGGACCGCUGUUGGACCAACUGGGCCAGAGGUUCGGUCUGCUGAACUAAUAACCCGUUUAUGAGUCCAGAGGCAGAACCCAGGUCCAGCUCUGCUGGUAUUUGGACUCAGUUCUGUGUUUGGAGUCUACUGUAGUGUUCCACCUCAUCCUCCACUGAAGUGACCCGGUCCUACCUGCUGGUCAUACCGGCUGGUUCUACCUGCUGGUCCUACCUGCUGGUUCUACCUGCUGGUCCCACCUGCUGGUCCUACCUACUGGUCCCACCUGCUGGACCUGCCUGCUGGUCCUACCUGCUGGUUCCACCUGCUGGUUCUACCUGCUGGUUCUACCUGCUGGUCCUACCUGCUGGUUCUACCUGCCGGUCCUACCUGCCGGUUCUACCUGCUGGUCCUACCUGCUGGUUCCACCUGCUGGUUCUACCUGCUGGUUCUACCUGCUGGUCCUACCUGCUGGUUCUACCUGCCGGUCCUACCUGCCGGUUCUACCUGCCGGUCCUACCUGCUGGUUCCACCUGCCGGUCCUACCUGCUGGUUCUACCUGCUGGUUCCACCUGCUGGUCCUACCUGCUGGUUCUGGAGGCUGGGCUGUGCCCUGCAGAUCUGUGUGUUUGUUCCACAGGUGAAACAGAACAACUCCAGCUCCCGUUUCACUGUCAGCACUCUCUGCCGCCUCCAGGCGUCCACCAGUGUCUGUUUGGAUCAUGAUCCUCUUAGGUUUCUACAGGAGGUCAUUGUCAACAAUGACGGAAAUGGAGUCGUUUUUCUCACUAAAAGCGAACGUCGUGCAAAUUUAGGAUUGACUUUCCUCAAAAGUCCUUAGAUAUUUCAACUGUUCUGGAUUAACAAUCAAUUUUGUAUUUGAGUUGCGCCUUAAUCCUUAAACUGGACUUGAUCUGUGGUCUGUUUGUGAUCAAUCGUCUGAAUUCCCUAAAACACUUCUCUAAUUUAGUUUCUAUAAAAUUCUGAAGUGACAAAGAAAAUAUGAUUGAACUUUGACAUGUUUUCUGAUUGACAGCUGACACAGGGUCAAAGGGCGUGGCUCCACGUCAGAGGCCUGUGUUCUGUUGAGGUUCCGUACAGAACCAAAGUAGGUCCAGAGAUUUCAUUCACAGAGUUCUUUAACUGAAAAACUCAUAAGUCUAAGAAUGUCUGCUGUGGAAAAGCUCUGCUGGCAUUAGUGUCAUUACUGUGGUUUUGCUCUUUUACAUUUCACUACAUAUUUUAGAAUUUCCCAAACCACGUUGUUGUGUUGGGUUUACAGGGCUGAAGCUAAAGUAGAGACUGAAACAAGAAAUGGACUCUAAAUAAGAUAAAUAUUAUGUUUCAUGGCAGAUCAUGAAAAGAGAUGCAGUGCAGGGUGCUCAUGCUGCGUUCGAGAGACGUCAGGAAUUUGUUGCCAAAGCAGAACAUAAAGGUUCAGUAAUAAAUGAAAACUGUGGUUUAAGUGGGAAUAGAACCGUCUAACAGAUGAGCUGUACAUACGGUCAGUGACUGCAUGGGCUGUCAGCCCUAACCCUCAGCUUCAUUACAAGACAUUUGAACUGUU